UCCCGAUUCUGGUCUUCGUUUCCCUCAUCCGAUAAAAUAUUCCGUUCAUUGCUCUGUUCGCCACUCUUUGGUUGCUUCUCGCCGGAGAUGGAGGCCUGCAUCGCUCGCUACCGGAGCUCGGCGAACUCGCUCCUAUCGCAGUAUGAGCCGAUCGUGCUCGUUGUUGGGCCCUUGCUUGCGUUGCUCGUCGCCAAGGUUCUCCAUUCGAUCGUAUGUCUUCUUCAGGAGAAGGGAAUCAAAGGGGUGGUUCUAGGGUUUGGUAUGGGUGCUGUAAAGUUGAUUCCUGGAGUGAAUAGUUACAUUGAAUCUGAGAAGAAAAAGGUAGUGGAGCAAUUACAGGCCAGGAGUGGGUCCAAGGAUGGCUGGAGAACUGAGUUGCCAGAUAUUGGGCUUGGAAGAGAGGUUAUUGAGUAUUUGGGAGAUGCGAAAAAUAAGGAUGGCGUUUGGCAAGGCAAAUGCUCUGGAACAGUCUAUAUUGGUGGAAGUCAGUCAGAGGGCCAUUUUUCACUGACAAAUGAGGCCUAUUCAUUGUUUUCACACACUAAUCCAUUGCAUCCGGAUGUAUUUAAAAGUGUUGUACGGUUUGAGUCAGAGGUCGUUGCGAUGGCAGCUGCACUUCUUGGCAGCAAAGAGAAAUCCUCUGGGGGACAAAUAUGUGGCAACAUGACUUCUGGAGGGACUGAAAGCAUCAUUUUGGCUGUGAAAACAUCACGCGAUUAUAUGAAAGCAAAAAGAGGAAUUAAAAAACCAGAAAUGAUAAUUCCAGAGUCUGCACAUCCUGCAUAUGACAAAGCUGCACAAUACCUUAAUAUUAAGGUUUGCCGUGUGCCUGUAAACAAAGAAUUUGUUGCAGAUGUGAAAGGGAUUAGACGAUGUAUUAAUAAUAACACUAUUUUGAUUGUUGGAUCUGCUCCAGGAUAUCCUCAUGGGAUUAUUGAUCCUAUUGAAGAGCUUGGGGAACUGGCAUCAAGUUAUGGUGUUUGCUUCCAUGUCGACCUUUGUCUUGGUGGCUUUGUUUUGCCUUUUGCUCGCCAGCUUGGGUAUUCAAUUCCACCUUUCGACUUUUCUGUCAAAGGUGUUACAUCAAUUUCAACAGAUGUUCACAAAUAUGGACUGGCUCCCAAGGGCACAAGUAUAGUUCUUUACAGGAAUCAUGAAAUUAGGAAGCACCAAUUUGUAGCUGUCACAGAAUGGUCAGGUGGGCUGUAUGUUUCGCCUACUGUGGCUGGAAGCAGACCUGGUGGGCUUAUUGCGGGGGCUUGGGGGGCGAUGAUGUCACUGGGGCUUCCUGGAUACCUGGAGAAUACAAAAAAGAUCAUGGAAGCAUCGAAAAACAUACAGAAAGGGAUUGAGGAGAUACAAGGGCUGUUUGUAAUUGGAAAACCGCACAUGACAGUUGUUGCUUUCGGUUCCAAUGAUGUUAAUAUUUUCGAAGUCAAUGAUCAAAUGUCAUCAAAAGGCUGGCACUUAAAUGCCAUGCAAAGACCUGACAGCCUCCAUAUCUGUGUGACCCUUCAGCAUGUUCCAGUUUUUGAAGACUUCCUGAGAGAUCUUAAGGAGUCGGCGAAAACAGUUAAAGAAAACCCCGGUCCGAUUAGCGGGGGUUCUGCUCCAAUCUAUGGUGCAGCAGGGAAGAUGCCGGAUAGAGGCAUUGUACGGGAUCUCUUGGUAGAAUUCAUGGACAACUCUUGCUAGCUCUUUUCUGGAGGCGUCUUGAUACCCAAACUUUACUUUUGUAAUCUUUUCAUCCAAUUCUCAUUGAAGAUCUAUUUGCCCAUGAUUAGUGAAUUUUUAUAUAUGUCCCAUAUAAUGUCCGCCAUGUGCAAUUAUAUUUAUUUAGCAAGAUGAUUUCAUUCA